CACACACUCAGACACACACUCAGACUCACACACACACUCAGACACACACUCAGGCACACACACACAGUUCCUUCAGUCUCAUCAUGGACGUUCUUCUGCUCUGCAGCUCUCUGCUCUUCUCUGCUGUCGGACUGCUCGGCUCUGGAGACGACGGCUGGUCCAUGAACGUGCAGUCGGAGGUUCGAGCCAUCGACGGCUACCCGGUGGUGCUGCCCUGCACCUUCAGUCACCCGCAGCACUCCCAGCACUCCUCCCUGAAGGUGCUGUGGCGUCUGGGCCACGGUCAGGGCGCCACCGUCCUGUUCCGCUGCACCAGUCACCCCGGGCCAGCCGCCUGCGAGCCGGGGCCCCAGCAGGACCAGCGCUACCGGCUGGAGGGGAACCCCCGACAGCACGACCUGUCGCUGCGGAUCACCAGCGCCGCCCUGCAGGACAGCGGACGCUACUACUGCAGGGUGGAGGUUCAGGGACAGGCCCACAUCAGCUUCGAGGACAAGAUGGGAACCAGACUGAGAGUAGAGGCUCCUCCAAAGAUCCUGGCCCUGUCGGUGGAGGGCAGCGAGCAGUCCGGGUACCGGGCCCUGUGCCGGGUGCAGGGCUCCCCGCUGCCGGACGUCCAGUGGCUCGGCCCAGAUGAGCUGCUGGAGGGGGCGGUGGUCGGCCCGCUGGCCCAGGGGACGCCGGCUCACGACCAAACCGUCAGCCAGCUGCGAGACGUGGAGCCGGGCCACCACUACACCUGCAGCGCCUCCAACCCGCUGGGCAAGGAGCAGGCCACCCUGUACGUCCUGCCCCCCCGGCCGCUGCUGUCUGUGGGCGGAGCCUCGCCUCCUCUCCUGCUGCUCCUGACGCUGUCGGUGGGGGCAAAGGUCAUCCUGCUGGUGGGGGUGGGGGUGUGGUUGGUGCAGGGCGGCGCUCUGCAGGUGGUCGGCUGCUGGUGGAAGUAACGUCAUUAAAUUGAAUAUAAGAUGCUUUUUGUCCUAAUUAUGUUUUGUGUAAUUAUUAAUUAUUAUUUUAUUUCUUGGAUCCUGUAUUUACAGAUCAUUUCCUUUAAAUUUUAUGAAAAGAACUGUGACGUGUUGUAAAACAUGAAAUUACUCUUAUUAUACGGAUCAUUAUAAAUAUUAUUAUAUUCCAGAUUAAUUCAUGAUUCAUGUUCAUUCUGAGGUCCCAAAAUAAAACUUCAUUAGAUCUGAAGACAAAUUAUAAAACCAUUAGUUUACGACACAGGAUUCUUCAGUUUGAGUCUGACAAAGAAAGUUAAUGUCAAUAAACAGUUUUUUAAUGUUUUAAAAGAAAGAUGUUUUCUACAAAAUGAUUUGUAUAUUUCAGCCAGAGGGUGUUUUGCAUUAGUGAGUGCAGUGACCCGUGAAGGCCAGCAGGGAGAGCUGGUGUUCAACUGGAGGUUUGUAUAAAUUUAAAAUGACGUGAUGAGAAAGUUUGGAAAAAACCUCCUCUGCAGACCAAUCACGUCACAGAACUUACAGAUGUUUACAUAUUGUUCUACAUGAGCAGAAGCCGAUAGGUACACAUGAGAAACUCUGACCUUUGACCUGAAUUAUUUUGUGUGUGUCUGCAGAUUGGAAUCAUCACGUUGUCAUGUCGAAAUGUUUGUGAUAAAGUUUCUUUCAUUUCAUUUUGCCAAAAACACAGAA